AUCUGCUGAAUGAUGAUUCAGCAGAUAGUUGGCCGACCAUGGAAGAGCUCCUUUCUACGGAAUCUACGCAACAGGUCCCGUAUCAGUCAAGUAAUGAGCAAGUAAAAUCGUUUGGACAAUGGCAAUCAAGACAACAAACCCAACCGCCACAAGCGUCUGGAACAGAGUGGCACCAACAAGGGCAGAUUUACCAAGGACAGGUUCCUUCACAGAUUCAGAAAGGGUCUCCCCGUUCGGUUUCCACCGAUAGCGGAUUUAUAAGCCCAUUGAAUUUCAACGUGCCUACCGACCCAACCAGACAAGAUCCAACGAUGCCGACAGUAACUCAUGGGCCCGAAACCUCCAUGCCUAUGAUAGUACACGUCACGUCCCUCAGUGACAAAGCCGCCUUCGUAGAUAUGGGCACAUGCGUGGUAUGCAAGAAGAGCGCCAAGCAAAUGUGCAUGGGUUGCAUGAAGGUUUACUACUGUAAUUAUGAAUGCCAGACUCUCAACUGGGGUGAGCACGCGCCUUAUUGUUCGCAGUAAAACACAAGUACCUACCUACAUUAAAUAGGUUUUAAAAGCCGGAGAAUAAAAAAAAA